CCCCGCCUGGGUCCUCCAUCCUCGCCCCUGGAAUCGGCCUCCCUAAUUCCCUUCCCUCUGAAGGUCAUUUGGAAACGGGCUCGAAGGGGCGACACUGCGUAGAAAACCAAAUUCCAUCCGCGGCGGACAGGGAGUGCUAGUCUCGAAGGAAGACGUAACCCCCGGUUGGUAGUGAGGAGCGUCUGCGGCACAGCCAGCGCUCUCGAGGAUACUCUGCGCGGGGAUAGCCUGUCGUAGCUAUCAGGGAUAGCCGGAUACGUCGCGUCAGUCUCCGACUCGAAGGGUGGUCCUCGAGGAAAUCCCACUAACCAUCCAGCUUCCUCCGCCUUCCCCCAUCCAGGCCCGCAGCCAGGGCAGGCGUGGAGGCCCCGCCCACCUCUGCCUGCGCGCCUGACCUUAAGGCGGGCGUGGAGUUGGGCUUUCUCAGGCAGACGGUGGACCCACCGCGGGCCUUUCCUGUUUGAAAAUUACAGCAUCACACAGCAACUCGCGCGAGACGAAGGGACUUCUCGCGAUAAGUCCAGGGGUGGCCGUGAUGGCGGCGGCGGGAGCAGGACCCAGCCCGGAAGCGGGUGCCGGGCCUGGCCCUGGAGCGGCCGCAAAUGCAGCAGCCUCAGAAGAGGGGGAGACGAAGCCGAUGGCAGCGGGAGCAGCCGCUCCUGGAGGAGAGGGGACCUCUGCUGCUCCGACAGCUGAGCCCAGUUCAGGGGAGGCUGAAAGCGGGGAUGCAAACUUGGUCGAUGUAAGUGGUGGCUUGGAGACAGAAUCAUCUAAUGGAAAAGAUACAAUAGAAGGUGCUGGGGAUACAUCAGAGGUGAUGGAUACUCAGGCGGGCUCCGUGGAUGAAGAGAAUGGCCGACAGUUGGGAGAGGUAGAGCUGCAGUGUGGGAUUUGUACAAAAUGGUUCACGGCUGACACAUUUGGCAUAGAUACGUCAUCCUGUCUCCCUUUCAUGACCAACUACAGUUUUCAUUGCAAUGUCUGCCAUCACAGCGGGAAUACCUAUUUCCUCCGGAAGCAAGCAAACUUGAAGGAAAUGUGCCUUAGUGCUUUGGCCAACCUGACAUGGCAGUCCCGAACGCAGGAUGAACAUCCGAAGACAAUGUUCUCCAAAGAUAAGGAUAUUAUACCAUUUAUUGAUAAAUACUGGGAGUGCAUGACAACCAGACAGAGACCUGGGAAAAUGACUUGGCCAAAUAACAUUGUUAAAACAAUGAGUAAAGAAAGAGAUGUAUUCUUGGUAAAGGAACACCCAGAUCCAGGGAGUAAAGACCCAGAAGAAGAUUACCCCAAAUUUGGACUUUUGGAUCAGGACCUUAGUAACAUUGGUCCUGCUUAUGACAACCAAAAACAGAGCAGUGCUGUGUCUACUAGUGGGAAUCUAAAUGGAGGAAUUGCGGCAGGAAGUAGCGGAAAAGGACGAGGAGCAAAGCGCAAACAGCAGGAUGGAGGGACCACAGGGACCACCAAGAAGGCCCGGAGUGACCCUUUGUUUUCUGCUCAGCGCCUUCCCCCUCAUGGCUACCCGUUGGAACACCCAUUUAACAAAGAUGGCUAUCGGUAUAUUCUAGCUGAGCCUGAUCCCCACGCCCCUGACCCCGAGAAGCUGGAACUUGACUGCUGGGCAGGAAAACCUAUUCCUGGAGACCUCUACAGAGCCUGCUUGUAUGAACGCGUUUUGUUAGCCCUACAUGAUCGAGCUCCCCAGUUAAAGAUCUCAGAUGACCGGCUAACUGUGGUUGGUGAGAAGGGCUACUCUAUGGUGAGGGCCUCUCAUGGCGUACGGAAAGGUGCCUGGUACUUUGAAAUCACCGUGGAUGAGAUGCCACCAGAUACCGCUGCCAGACUGGGUUGGUCCCAGCCGCUAGGUAAUCUUCAAGCUCCUUUAGGUUACGAUAAAUUUAGCUAUUCUUGGCGGAGCAAAAAGGGAACCAAGUUCCACCAGUCCAUUGGCAAACACUACUCUUCUGGCUAUGGACAGGGAGAUGUCCUGGGAUUUUAUAUUAAUCUUCCUGAAGACACAGAGACAGCCAAGUCAUUGCCAGAUACAUACAAAGAUAAGGCUUUGAUAAAAUUCAAGAGUUAUUUGUAUUUUGAGGAAAAAGACUUUGUGGAUAAAGCAGAGAAGAGCCUGAAACAGACUCCCCAUAGUGAGGUUUCCAUUAACUUUGGACCAUGCUUCAAGUAUCCUCCGAAGGAUCUCACUUACCGCCCUAUGAGUGACAUGGGCUGGGGCGCCGUGGUAGAGCACACCCUGGCUGACGUCUUGUAUCACGUGGAGACAGAAGUGGAUGGGAGGCGCAGUCCCCCGUGGGAACCCUGACCAGGUCCCUUUUUCUUUUCAAACAAGGACUUUCUAGGGAAUAAUACUGGGGGUUAUGUUUUCAUUGUAGAACUGUCUCAGAUGUUCUCCUAAAGAUACUACAGAACAAAGCCUGUCCUGUUAGCAAGUUAAAAGGCUGGGUAGGACUGCGGGAGGCUGCCUGCCCUUCACCAUUUUCUCCCCACUUCCAGUAACUGCCCUUAUUUUGUGUGCCAACAACUGCUGACUCCAGGAUUGCGUAAGCCCCUGUGAAAUUGGUGCUGUACCGCAUGCCCUGCCAGCUGGGACUUGUUAUCUUACCGUAUUUUCUAAGGAGUGAACAAUCUUCCGAGUAACUAACUUAUUUAAGACAUUUCCUUCUGUGGGCAUUGACUCCAUCUCACCUGUUUUCCAAGGAAAUGGUAACCUGUUUAUGAGAACACAUGAAAUCAAUGGCUGUACAUUUCAAACCAAUCUAAAAGCUAUUUCCUUUUGGUGUGGGUUUGGUUUUGUUGUUCCUUUUGAAACACGCUUUUGAACACUGAGAUCCCUGAAACUACUAGAUCUCCAGAAGUGUAAUUGUGAAAGAAACUUGCUUGCAAUUUUAACAAAAUGAGAAACUUACCAAAUAAAAUGUGUUUUGAAGUUUGUGUGA